AUGGGCCCGCUGCAAAACGCCAUGCAAUACGAAAAAGUGAAAACCUUCUUCGAAGGCGUAACCCCUGACCAACUGAGCCUAACAAACGCUGAAGACUCGCCCCUCGCGACGGCCGAGCAGUUCGGUCCCAACCUCCCGUUCCUCACGUGUAAGGACGAGAGUGAUGUUAUUGCCCGCGCGAACGGGACGCGGAUGGGUCUCGGCGCGUCAGUCUGGUCGAAUGAUCUUGAUGAGGCAGCAAGGAUUGCAGUCAAGUUGCAAGCCGGGUCAUGUGGCUCAAUACACAUAUGGAGCUUGGUCGGCGCGCGUUAUUUGGUGAACACAAGGAGAGAGUGGGAUUGGCUGUGA